AUGUUGUCGUUACCUUCAAUGUUGUCGUUACCUGAAGACAUUCUCGUCGAGAUCCUCUCCAAGCUUCCUGCUAAAUCCUUAGUACGAUUCAGGUGCGUUUCUAAAUUCUUUUGUGCUCUCAUAGCUAAUCAUGGCUUUGGCGUUCUGCAUCGCAGCUUGUCCUUGACACUUCCCAGUAGGGCGGGCGUUCUCAUCUCUAUCGAGUCUCGAACACAGCACUCCACCGCCGGUCCCUGUGCAUAUUACACCCUAAAUUUCAGCGAAGAAGAAAACCCCCGCCGGGGAACGCUCCAAGCCAACCGUGUCGGCUACCUGGACGCUAAACCCUAUCUACUCUCCUCUUCCUCUGACGGCCUGAUUUGUGUGUCGUCCAUAGCCAAUGGAGACGUCGCUGUUUGCAAUGUUAGUACGGGACAACGUAUUUUCCUUCCAACAAUCCAAUACAAGAAUGACUCUGCACUGCUGUUGGGGUACGAUUCAGAAUCUAAAAGAUACAAGGUUUUGAUGUCAGUCUGCAGAAAUAUUGGCAAGAAGAUCAUGGGGCCCUUAUGCUACGAGCAUAAGCAUUGGGUUUUUACCGUGGGAGUGGAUAAAUCAUGGAGGGAGAUCAAAAAGAGUUAA